UCUGCGAUAUAUUUCGACGAUCCGAAUCGACUGUAAACGUUCAGCCCGAUCUUUAAUUAAUUGAUUAUAUGCAUAGCUCAAGUUAAUCCGCGCCCAUGGCGAUAAUCAUUCCGCAGCGAUCGUCACCCAGCAUCGUCCAUAGGAACCCGCAAUCGCGCGCCACGAUAUAGCCUCGCCAAUAUUUCCAAAAACCAGAGCCCGACUAUCGGACUCCGGAAAUAUGGCCUUGUGGCCUUUCCGCCGCAAGGGCUCGCGCAAGCGGUCGAGAACGCAAGCCCUCGAUUCCGAUGCCGACGCCUCAGGUCGUGGUCGUCAAUAUCAAACCCCGUCGCGAAGUCAGACUGAACCCAUUAAUACCCCUGAGCCUCCUAGGGGAAAGCGAGAUGGUCCAAAUAAAUUACAGCGGCGGCCUCGUACGUACAGUUUCUCGCCAGGGCGUCGAGACUCUAUCCGUGUUCCCAAAUCCAAGAAGGGUAAAGUUGCAUCAAUGCCUCCCCUUCCCGUCAAUGAUGAAGCACACGGAAGCCAGAGGAUUGCUUCGGGGUCCAGCGGGGACUUCGCAACUCGAGUUCCCACCUUGCACCAUGACAAUUCUGGAAACAAGCGACGAGGGCAACCUUUACCUCGAAAGAAGUCGAGUAAGAGACGAAAGGAGGAUCAUGUCAGAGAAGCCGAGAUAAAGGCGAUGAGCCAGUUCAUGCCAGCGCGUCCUACCGCGGACGCUUGGACAGGUGGCCGUCCGUCGAAAAAGGACAGCAAACGGAUCAGGACUGGCCUAAACAGAAGUUGGGACGAACCCUCUUCUGAUAUGUCCCUACCCAUUCCUGGUUCUAUCCAUUCAGCUAUGUCGUCUGAUUCGGAACAACUCUCGUGGAAAGUUUCAACUUUCGAAGCGCUUGCGCCUCGCCCGACUCUGCGAUGUGCUACAAAUCCCGUUUACGGCCCCUCAGUUAGCGCCGCACUGACCCGAUCUCAGUCGACAAAGCGGAAACUCGCCGAUAGAGGCGCAAUUCCCGAAGCUACGCUCAGAGCUCACAAGAGAAUUGACGACUUGGCAGACGAUUUGGAUGCAGCAGAUCUACGAGAGUUGAUGGAGCGAGAUAAACGGAGAAGAGAAAGAAAGAAAGAAAAGGAGCGCGAGAGAUUAGAAAGACGCCUCACGAGGAAGGCAGAAAAGCAACGAGCAGAAGUAGCUGAAGCUCGUAAAAGUGGCACCCCGCCGCCACAAAAUUUAGAGAGAGGCGUUUUCGGCCGUGAAAUGGAUAGCGAAGGAUGCGACCCAGCUUCAGUGGUCAUCACGUCGUCAAGAAGGAGACGGUCGCUCGACUCGACUAAGAGAGAAAGUAGGGAACGGGAAGACUUAGAGAACCGUGAUGAGUCUCUGAAGCCGUUAAACGAAUUCCAUCGAACGGACAGCAUCCCUCUAGAGCCGUCUACCCCAGCCAGGAUUCCCGAAGCCGAGCAUGUGCCAGAGUCUACUCCGGAGAAGCCGCCGUCUUCGCGCUCUUCAAGCCCAAGAAUCUUAAGUUUCAUCCGAUCGAGGACAUCGCGCUCAAAGUCACCGAAGAAUUCCGUCAAGGCGAGAACCGAUGUCGAUUUACCGUCACCUGCUCCUACCAAGCCUGAGUACGCUGAAUCAGGUGGAAGAGUAUCGGAUAGCGGCUCCUCGAGACCAUGGAGAUCGUUCUUCAAAUGGGGCAAGAACCGACGUAGUUCUGGCCCUUCAUCUUUCUCGAACACCUCGCGGGAUUCGAUGCAGGGAGGUCCACCUCCGUCUCAUGCGAACUUCGUUCCACGCAAAAUUAACCCUAACAUGCCCAAGCGAACAAUGUCUCGCUUCCGGGAAGACCUCCCCGAAUUACCGCUCUCUCCACCGGACUCGCGUGUGGCAUCACCGGAAGCCGAACCUAUGCCUACCGAGCCUCUUCCCGUAAUCCCCGACGAUGUCCCAAUGCGUUACGAUACCCCUACCUCUGGUCACCACGAAGCCAUGUGGGCGACUCCCAUCUCAUGGCACCGAGACGAAAUACAAGCUUCGCCGGCACCUCAGUCCAUGUCGCUUGCUUCUAUCGAUUCGGAAGCGUCUUGGCUUUCUGGUCGCAUGAACAGGAAGCGAGCCUCAUCAGGCAUGAGAAAUUCUCUUCAACAAUACGCCCAAGCCCCAUUCUCAGGUGAAUCAGAAGGACGUCCUUCAUACGACGGCAACAUCGUCGAAGAUGAGUACAUGAACAGCGUCGUUCCUAGUGGAUUACAUCGCAAGUCCACAGGCGAGGCUCGUCCCAGCAGUGACGGGGAAGAUGACGAACAGGAAGCUAAGUGGGGCGCAGUCGGCCAGACCCCGAUUGUGACGCAUCACCGAGACACAAUGCGAAGCCGAGAAGGUCUUCUCCAGUCCUUUGAGGACGACGACAAAUAUGCCGAGAGAUAUAGUGACGAUGAAGAGGAGGGUCACAGUCCUGUUCAACCGCAGAGGGCAACUAGUGUCAAUCUCGACAAGGGGCACGCUCGAAACUUUAGCGCAGGCAGCGCCAAGCUGCUUGAGAUCUCACCCCGUGCAUCCGGUGAGAUUCGGAGAAGCAUGAUGGAACACGGCACUCAGUAAAUCUGCGGGUUGACUGGAACCGAUUGGUUCGGAUGUUUGACAGCCACGAUUAGCACCGGGUAGGUGCACGAUCUAAGCCAGGAGAGACGAUUUAACAACCAUCAUUUACCUUUUUCCUUCCAUUUUUACAGGCAGAUAUUAAGCCCUGUUUACAUCACAUUCAUUUGAUAUUUUUUUUACACUCUCAAGCACCGACCUUAUUCGCUCAUUACGAUAUUUCUUAACCUGUUUCAACGAAUAAAACAGAAAAAAACGUGGAAAAUAUCAUAAACCACC